UACUGCACGUGUAUGUUAGAACUUCUCUGUGUGUAAGGUGAUCGUGAUGAAUCUUCUGCCUCGGAGUUCCAAAGAUUUUGCCUCUCAGGAGUACUGGGAGCAGUUCUUCAAGCGCCGGGGUGAGCGAGUAUUUGAGUGGUAUGGAGGUUACCUGGAGCUGUGCGGAGUUUUGCACAAAUAUAUUAAACCCAGAGACAAGGUUCUAGUGGUAGGGUGCGGUAACUCUGAGUUGAGUGAAAGACUAUAUGAUGCAGGAUGUCAAAACCUGAUGAAUAUUGAUGUAAGUGAGGUAGUGAUUCGUCAAAUGAAUGAGAGGAAUAAUCACCAGCGGCCUCUGAUGUCAUUCCAGUUGAUGGAUGGCACAAAGAUGAGUUUUGAGGAUUCUUAUUUUCAGGCUGUGCUGGACAAAGGGACAUUAGAUGCAAUUUUGACAGAUACAGAGGAGACCACUAUGGAGAAAGCUGGGAAGCUGUUAAGUGAAAUUGCCCGUGUCCUGAAUUGUGGAGGACGCUACUUAUGUGUUUCUUUGGCACAGGCUCAUGUUUUGGAAAAGCUUUUGACACACUUUUCUGAUGGAGGAUGGAUGGUUCGAGUUCAUCAGAUCUUAGAAGUAUGUGGUCAGAAAUCUAGUAGUCCAUUUCCCUUGCCUGUAUUUGUCUUUGUGAUGACUAAAGUGCGACAAAUGCCUGGUUUCCCAAGAGUCUUUGAAAUGAUGACCGAAGAAGAAGCUGGGAAACCUAUACGUUUGCAAAGUCAAGAACAAUUAAAUAAAGCUGUUAAAGAAAUACAAAAUUUUGCUUUUCUCCGAAACAAACUAAACCAGACCCAGAGUACCCUGGAGGUGUCAUUAGAACUUUGUGCGAGAGAGUCAGGAAAGAGUCGCUACACAUUUCAUGUCAUUGAUUGCUCUACAGUCAAACUCUACCAUUCUAAACAUUUUGCCAUCUUUAUCAUUCCUCAUGGCAGAGAAACAGAAUGGCUUUUUGGGUCCAAGGAAGGACGGAGGCAGCUUGCAGGAAGUGUUGGAUAUCGAAGGCUGAUAACCGUUACCUUGCAUAGAGAUCAGCAGUACAAUGGCAUGGAAUCUAUUAAAUCUGAACUGUCUGAGAAGGUGUUAGAACUGGCUCCUCCAGACAUGCCGAGCAAUCAACAGAUUCCAUUUCUGACGGCUGGAGGUGACAUUGGAAAUCGUACAGUGCAGCACCGAGGCACAAGCCAGCUAAGUGGAGAGUAUGUGGUGGAGGAUAUUGAAGGAGAUGAUUCAAACUACUUUAGACGUCUAGUAUUUCUUGACAAUCAAAAUGUAAUACAAUCUGAAGCCAAGCUCCUUCCAACCAGUGCACUUCAUGGAAAGAAGAAAAAGAAGAAGAAGCAAAUUCAAGGAGUGGAAAAACAGGACACCUCAAUUGACAAAAGCUAUCUUUGUUGUGAACAUCACAAGGCAAUGUUUGCUGGUCUGGCAUUGCUUAGCAAGCAAGAUCUUCCAAUAUCAGUACUUGUGAUAGGACUUGGAGGGGGUAGCUUAUCUCUCUUUAUUCAUGACUACUUCCCAGCCUCUCAAGUUGAAGCUGUUGAAAUUGAUCCAUCUGUCCUAGAUGUGGCAUGCAAAUGGUUUGGCUUUUCCCAAGAUGAGCGAAUGAAAGUUCAUGUUGCCGAUGGCUUAGUGCAUAUCAACUCAGUGGCAGACAAAGGUGAGGCGCUUUAUGAGGUUGUUAUGUUUGAUGUGGACAGCAAAGACACUAACCUGGGAAUGAGCUGCCCACCACCUGCUUUUAUAGAGAGAGAUUUCCUAAGAAAAGUUAAAAGGAUCAUUACACCUAAAGGUGUCUUUAUCCUCAAUUUAGUGUGUCGUGACCAAGUAUUAAAAUGCCAGACACUGAAGGUUCUGAAAGAAAUUUUUCCAAUUAUUUAUUCCCAAAAUAUUGAAGAGGAAGUUAAUGAGAUUUUGUUCUGCCUUCCUAAUUUAGAAGUGAGAGUGAGUCCUUCAGAGCUAAAGGAAGCUGCAAAGAACUUGGAGAAACAGUUAAAAAGACCUGGAAUUCUUUGGGACAAAAAUUAUGAUCUUGCUGAUAUUUUAAAGUCUGUAAAGAUAGUUUGAGAUGACGAGUAGCAAAAGCUAUAUGGUAUAGAAAAGACCAAACUUAUUAAGGAAUGUGUAAAAAACCAAAACAGAAAAAUGUUUUGCUCUUAAAUAUGUUUGUCACUGGAAAAAUUCUUUUUUUUUUUUUUUUUUUUAAUAAUUUUUAUUGGUCUCCAACAACAUAUGAGAUCGGCAAUUUACACGAUUAUACACCACGCAGGGCAUAAUAUUCAAUAAAGAUUACUUUUAAUACAUAUAAAUUACACAAUAUUAAUAUUUUAACGAUAUGCACUGAUGGCCUAGCUUAGAAAAGCUAUGCCAUAGAGAUCCUUAACUAAUCAUUGGAAGAUAUUAAAAUACAGCAGUUAAGUUUGGACGUUUUUUUCAUAUUUUAUUCAUACAUAACCUUUUGAUACUGUUGCUGGUUCUAGACUAGAAAUUUUAUAGGUAUACAUCUACCAUUAAUAUAAAGAUUAAAUGCUAUCAGUUCCUCUAUUAUGUAUAACAGUAAAGCUCUAUGGCCAGCUAUAGCAAAUCAUUAAACAAAUAGCCACACACAUAACUACACAAAACAACACAAAAAACAAAAAAAAAAAAAAAAAAAAAAAAACAGCCCUCGCCUCCCCCAAUCCCCUUCACACUAAUUUUUUGAGUUAUCUCUUUCUCCAAAAUGUCGGGUAUCUAUUUGACAAUAUCAGUUGUUGAAAUAGGGGAGAAUCCCUUAACGGAGAUAUCAUUUGGAUCUGCGUCUGAUCUGGAAGUGAUAGUAUAAGAUUUUCCCAUUUAGCCAAAAAGAUUGUUAAUUUAGUAUCUAAAAAGAUUAAAGGAUUUUUAUAUCUAUUGCUAGUUGAAACAGCAUAUUGUUAACAAAUGCUGUAAUACCAGGUGCUCUUUUAUCUUUCCAACUUCUAAGAAUCAUCUGUCUUGCAACUAAUAUAGCUGUAUUAACUAAAUGCUUAUUCUGUAAAUCCUUCUCAUCCAUGAGGAAUAAAACAUGUUCUAAUUUGAGUUUAA